AAUCAAUCAACAAAACACCGCGACCGCGCUCUUUGGCUAUUGGCUUUUUUCUUUAAAAGUGCUUUAAUUAUUGAAUUUAUCAGUGAUAUUCUUGCAAAAAGUGAAAGAUGAGUGGGCCGAACGGUAUGCUGUAUGGCGGCGACGAAAUAGGCGCGCUUGUGUUCGAUCCAGGACACCAUUCUUUAAGAGUUGGUUACGCGCAAGAAGAUACUCCGAAAGCUGAUAUUCCAGCAGUAGUCGGUGUAGGGCCGGCCACCCACAUCCCUGAUGCUGAAGAGAAGGUUCCCGACGGCAACAUCACCCAAAGCGGAACAAAGGCUGGAAACGAGUUGCGUCACUAUAUAGAUGUCACGGAACUGCAUGUGCCCCGUCCUGGUAUGGAGGUUCAGACUUAUAUGAAAGACGGACAAGUUGAUAACUGGGACCUGUUUGAAAAAAUGCUAGAUUACUGCUAUGCUAAGGUAAUACGUUCCCCUUCUGAACACCACCCAGCUUUAUUUACCGAAGCAGUAUGGACUACCCGCCCUGCCCGUGAGAAGUUAGCCGAGUUGCUAUUCGAGAAGUACCAAGCGCCAGCGUUCUUUCUCGUCAAGAAUGCUGUUUUAGCAGCAUUCGCUAACGGCAAGUCUACCGCUUUGGUUGUGGAUGCAGGGGCUAGUCAGACGUCGGCCGUGCCUGUCAUAGAUGGGUACGCUUUAGUCAGUGCCGCAGUGAGGUCCCCAGUGGGCGGUGACCAUUUGGCUGCCCAAGCCAAAACUAUGCUUACAAACAUGCACAUACAAAUGCUGCCCAUAUAUAGCAUACAGAGUAAAGAAGUAAUAAGGGAGAGGGAACGAGCUCGGUACACAUUGAAAACAUUACCAGCUGGACUGACUCAUUCUUGGCAGCAAUAUAUGCUGAAGAGACAAUACGAGGACUUCUGCCAUUGCGUGGCUCAGGUUUCAGAAAGUGCAUACGAUGAACGAACAGCAGUCUUAGUACCAGGAGUACAUUAUGAGUUCCCCGGUGGUUACCAUCAGGACUUCGGUCCGGAGAGAUUCAAGCUGACCGAAUGCUUGUUCGAACAGACUUUGGGAGCCCCACAUCUAGUGACGUCAGCGGUAUCAGCAUGCGAUGCGGACGCGCGCGUGGCACUGUGGGGCUCCAUAGUAAUGUGCGGGGGAGUGGCGGGAGCUUCUGGAUGGGCGGAACGAGUGGGACGGGAGUUAGCCAAUAGGGCUCCGUCCUCGCAUCGGCUGAAGACCCACGCCCCUCCCGCGCCGUUGGAAAGGCGGUUCGCAGCGUGGAUUGGUGGAUCGAUUCUGGCAUCAAUCGGUUCUUUCCAACAGAUGUGGAUAUCGUCUCAAGAGUACGACGAAGGUGGGAAAGGGCAACUCGAAAGAAAAUGCCCGUAAGGUCGAAAUUGCCUGCACAAACUCAAAUGAACAAUAUGUAGUAAGCUUGAGGCAAACUUGUCAAUUCUUUUUUUUUAUUCAAAUAAACUAGCGCCCCCCCGCGACUUCGUACAUGUGAUAAGUUUACCAAUGGACAUUAUGAACAUAUUAUUUUUUCAAACAAACAAAUCACUUGGUGGAAUUCAUUUCCCAUUCGUAACUGUCUGUAACUCCAUCAGGAAAUUCAGAACCAAUAUUCAUUCAUUAUAAACAUCAAUAGUUCUGUAUGAUACAAUAUUGUAUAAUCUGUGUUCGAUCGGAAUGGGAAUGUAAAAUAAGCUACGUUUGCAAAGCAAAAUGACACUUAUGUCCAAGGCAUAGAGUUUAAUCGAUAAAAAAGUAUUGAUUACUGGUAAAAGCCACCUAUUUAGCGGUAGCGUAAUUGUCGGUUCAUUCGCCCGGAUUGCGAAGGGUGCGGGUUCGAGUCCCGUCUGCUGUCAGGUCCGCGCGAAAUUUUUUCUAGUAAAAUUUUCUUUUAGAUUCAAUCUAGCAGUUUUUUAUUUGAACACAAGUGAUGUUUUUCUUUGCAGCUUUGUGAUUUUGUCACAGAAUCCUAUGUGGUGUGUGCUUGUGUAUGCGAUUUGUAAAAUAACUUGUUUUUAGUGUAGGUAAAUCUUAAUUUAAUGUAACUGGCUGACGAAUUACAUUAUAGUAUUAAGAGAAGAAUUUGUUUUAUUCUAUUUUCUAUUCUAGUCUCUAUUGAUAGAUUUUUUUUUUACUGUCUGCGCAGGAAAGGUUUGGUGGCGCAUCCUAUGUUU